UCUAUCCACCGAGGCUUCCCUCGCUCUCAUCCCCGACAUCUUCCCUUCCGUCAUUAUUCUCUGAAGCUCUGAGAAUUUUUAAGCUCCGUGAAGUCAAAGACGUCGUUCUCCAAAGCCCCAUUUAUUAAUGCCAGAGGAGGUGGAUGCUUUCGGAGGUAUGACGAUGCACUCUUCCUUUUCCUCCAGAUCGCAUCGCCCGACGCUAUCGCCUUGCGACUCUGGCUGCUGCCUCUCUUUUGCGCGUCCAUCUCCGUGGUUUUUGGAGACUCGAGAUGCCAGAAUGGAAGAAGACGUGGUUGCUGAUGCUUGCUCUAAAUAUCGUGGGUUCUGUUGUUACCGUCCGGGCUCAACUGACGGAUCCAUCGGAAGUAUCUGCCUUGCAAGCUAUCAGGGAAAACUUGCAUGAUCCUUUGAAAAAACUUAACUGGGACAAUGGCGAUCCAUGCACAUCAAACUGGACUGGGAUUUUCUGUUUCAAUUCAUGCGGAAGUGAUGGAUACCUCCAUGUUCGUGAAAUACAACUGCUGCGGAUGAAUCUAUCUGGAACAUUGGCACCAAAUAUUAGUCAGAUGUCCUAUAUGGAAAUAUUUGGCGUUAUGUGGAAUAACAUCACUGGUACGAUACCGAAGCAAAUUGGAAGUGUAAAGUCGCUGCUACUAUUGCUUCUGAGUGGUAACCAUCUAACUGGUCAAUUGCCUGAAGAGAUAGGUUUCCUUCCUAAUUUGACCAGACUACAAAUAGACCAAAAUAUGAUCUCUGGACCAAUACCAGCUUCAUUUGAGAACUUGACUAACGUGAAGCACAUCCACUUGAACAACAACUCUCUUAGCGGCCAAAUACCGGUUCAACUUUCCAGAUUACCACUCCUUGUUCACCUGCUUUUGGAUAAUAAUAAAUUGUCUGGAAGACUUCCUCCAGAACUUUAUAGGAUGCCAAACCUUCUUAUUCUGCAGUUAGAUAACAACCAAUUUGGUGGUACUAUUCCAGUCUCAUAUGGUAACAUGUCAAAAUUGCUUAAGUUGAGCCUUAGGAACUGUAGCUUGGAAGGACCUAUUCCUGACCUAAGCAGCAUAGAAGAACUUGGUUACUUGGACCUCAGUUGGAAUCAUCUCAAUGGAUCAAUACCAACAAACAAGCUCUCUGUCAAUAUAACUACCAUUGUUUUAUCGAAUAACAACCUUUCUGGAACUAUUCCUCAAAAUUUUUCUGGGCUUCCUCUCUUGCAAAGAAUCUCUCUUGAAAAUAAUCAAUUGGAUGGUUCUAUUCCAGCUAUCAUUUGGCAAAAUAAAUCUUUCCACCCGAAAGACCGGCUGAUAGUGGAUUUGCGGAACAACUCCCUCUCUAAUAUUUCUGGUACUUUGGACCAUCCUGCAAAUGUCAGCAUAAGGCUUCAAGGAAAUCCAUUGUGCUCAAACACCAAGGGCCUCGACAUGUCCAAUUUGUGUGAUCGCCAAGACGAUAAUGGAGAGUUAUCCGGAAGUGCAAUUAAUACUACAAAUACUUGUUUAAUCCAAUCCUGUCCAACCGAAAAUUUCUUCGAAUAUGUUCCAUUGUCACCUGUUUCAUGCUUCUGCGCUCUUCCCAUCACAGUUGGAUUUCGUUUAAAAAGCCCUGGCUUCUCUGACUUUCAACCAUACCGUGAAAGCUUUGUUGCAUGGGUUACAUCUGGCCUUGGGUUGGAUAGUUAUCAACUGUAUGUCGAUUCCUUUGUCUGGGAGGCAGGUCCAAGGCUAAGGAUGCACUUGAAGUUUUUCCCUCUUAUAAAAAAUGAGUCCAGCAAGCAUGAGUUCAAUGUGAGUGAGAUUCUAAGGCUGAGGGGCAUAUUGGCUUCAUGGACCAUCAGUUCCAAUAACUUUUUUGGCCCAUAUGAAUUGCUCAACUUCACUCUUGAAGGAGAUUAUGCAAAUGUUAUUCCAUUUCCUCCUUCUGCAAGCAACGGAAUGAACAAAGGCACUUUGGCUGCAAUAAUCUUGGGAUCAUUUGCUUUGUUAAUCAUAAUUUCUUCUCUCGUUCUGAUCUUAUUCAUGAGAAGACACACUAAGGACCACAUUUCAGCUUCUGGUAAACGACGAUUUUCUAACGUCCCUAUCAAAGUCGAUGGAGUGAAAGACUUUACCUUUGAAGAGCUGGCAGUAGCUACUAAGGAUUUCAGCGAUUCAUCACUAAUUGGGCAAGGAGGUUAUGGGAAGGUCUAUAGAGGAACUCUGGCUGACGGAUCAGUUGUUGCUAUUAAACGUGCUCAGGAAGGAUCUCUACAAGGAGAGAGAGAAUUCUUGACAGAGAUAGCAUUGUUAUCACGGUUACAUCACCGGAACCUUGUAUCUCUUGUUGGAUAUUGUGAUGAAGAAGGUGAACAGAUGUUGGUGUACGAAUUCAUGCCAAAUGGCACACUGCGCAACUUUUUAUCAGCUAAGGCAAACACCCCUCCUAACUUUGGUAUGAGGUUGCGUAUAGCACUCGGUGCGGCCAGGGGCAUCCAAUACCUUCACAAUGAAGCAAAUCCUCCAAUAUUUCAUCGAGAUAUUAAAGCAAGUAAUAUAUUAUUGGACGUGAGGUUUGUUGCCAAAGUUGCUGACUUUGGGCUCUCAAGGCUUGCACCGGUUCCUGAGAUAGAGGGCAGUGAACCAGGUCAUGUAUCUACCGUAGUCAGAGGCACUCCGGGAUACCUUGAUCCUGAGUACUUCUUAACCCAAAAAUUGACAGACAAAAGUGAUGUAUACAGCCUUGGAGUUGUGUUUUUUGAACUAUUGUCGGGAAUGCAUCCCAUUUCACAUGGCAUCUACAUUGUUCGAGAGGUAAAGAAAGCUUACCAAGCUGGAAAUCUUGUAAAAGUUGCAGAUAGUCGAAUGGGUUCAUAUCCAUUUGCAUGUCUAGAACAAUUUGCGGAGUUGGCCAUCAGAUGCUGUGAUGAUGAAACAGACCGGCGUCCAUCUAUUUCUGAGGUAGUUCGAGAGCUCGAAAUCAUUUGCCAGAAGAUGCCACACUCAGAAUAUACAUCUUCAGAGUUAACAGAGACUGAAAUAGGGAUGUCUGAAAAUAUGAAGCCGUCAGUAAUCACAAGUACCACAACGACAGUAGCCGGAACCAUAGACAAUUAUCCAUUUUCUAGUGCUUCGGGCGGUGAUUUGCUCAGCGUUUGUGUUCCUGAUCCUUCUCCUCGGUGAUUCGGCGAUAAGUUUUAACCAUAGGCUCGUCUAAGCACGUCUUGGCAUCAGCGCAUAUAAGCCUUGCUCACUCUCAUGUUUUAUUUACUUGGAUAUUCUGCAAGGCAGAAGCAGCACCAUGUAUUUUAUAAGUUUCGUUGGAUUAGCUUCAAUCGCAAGAACCUGAUCCGCGUAUGCUAUUUUAUUGGCUACAAGAAAACAAAAGUGCGAAAUACAAAAGAAUGGG